GCAAUGAGCGUCCUGAGGUGUCGUUGAGGAAAACGGCAUCUGCAGCAGGUCGGGUCACGACAGCAGGAAACAGAGGAGUAGUGCCAACGCUACUAUGGAGCGCAUCGAAAGCAUACUCGAAGACGUCUUGCGCGGCGAAGCUGUCAACGACGAUGGAGCUGGAUGCGUCGAUUACAGCAUCCAAGACCAGCUCGCAGAAUUAGCCACCAAGGGUAUCGAGUCUCAAUGCAGCGCGGAUUUUCGACCGGUGUUGAUGAAGAAUAUCACAUACAUCGUUGGAGCGGUGGUUUUCAACGAAAAGGGCGAAGUCCUGCUCAUGCAGGAAGCCAAACAGUCCUGUGCAGGGACGUGGUAUCUCCCGGCUGGCAGGGUGGAACCAGGCGAGCAGAUAAUUGAAGCAGUGCGGCGCGAGGUCCUCGAAGAAACGGGACUGGUGUUCCAACCGCAGUCCCUGCUGUGCGUAGAGACCUCCUCGGGAUCUUGGUUCCGAUUCCAAUUCACCGGGGAGAUAUUGGGGGGAAAACUGAAAACUGUUGCGGAGGCCGACGCGGAAUCCCUUCAGGCUGCGUGGGUGUCAGACAUUUCAUCCCUAAGCCUAAGGAGUAAAGACAUUAUCAAUGUUAUCGACAAAGCCAGGCAAUACUUCUCAGAUCUCCGGAGGUCGAACUUCCCGUUGCCUGCCGUGAAGAGUCACUGCAAGAUCUAUCUCAGAGUGGUGUGCAUCAUCAAGAAGAAAAUCAAUAACCGCGUUCAUGUGCUCGUUUCGGAGAAGGGAUACGCUCAUCUGCCGAUGACAGAAAUAAACCCGAUGCGGAGCGUGCAUACGGCUCUGAAGAGAUUCAUGAACCAUGUCUUCAUAAAUGAUCCACCUCCGCACAAACCGCACGGAAUUCUUUCGUUCGAGCAUGAUGGUACGCCGAUCCACGCGAAUGACGGCUUCUGCCUGAGUAUUUUCGUCUCAUGUAAGAACUGUCUCGAAGAGGUGUCUCUGUGUCCCAGCUUCACAUGGCUCGAGAUCAGUUCAAAACUCGCACAAAAUCUGCAGAAGAAAAUCAAACCACACACCCUCGCAGCUCUGUGCAUUUGA